CAGGAUGAUCUCCCCUUUGCUCCUCUUCUUCUUCUUCUUUUUUAACUUCCGAGGUUCCUGCAACGUUGCCGGUAAUCAUGUCCGCGCUCGGGAUGCGACCAUCGUUCGGAUCGAUGCCGGGGAGUGAACCUCUCCGGUUUCUUCGGCGCUUAUUCCAAGCUCGAGUGUUCUUCCCUUUAUGUCGGAUUGCCAUCUCGUUAUUUCUCUUGCCGCUGGAUAAUGCCAUCUUUCUGGUGGUUGUCGUCCUCGGACGUCUUUCCUCGGGGUCGGUCCGUCGACGCCAGGAUGUGCUCGAGGAUGUCCGGUUUUAUCCCAAGACGGUCCUGGUGACGGGGGUUGAUACGCCGGCUGGCCUGAAUGUAGCGAGAUCCUGGUAUCAUGAAGGACAUCGCGUGGUCGGGGCGGAUGUUGGCGUUUCGAGGCUCGCGUCGGGGCCGAGCAAGUCACGGUCCCUGGCGGCCUAUUACUGCAUCCCGAAACCGCAAUACGUGUCGAGGCUGCUGGAUAUUAUUCAGAGGGAGAAAGUGGAUAUCUGGGUUCCUUGCUCGAGUGGCACGUCGGUGUUCGACGAUGCGUUGGCCAAGCAGGCGAUCGAGAGCAGAACCCGCUGCAAAUGCAUCACUUUGGAUCCAGAGAUUUCGAGUGAAUGGGCUCGACCGGAGUCGUUUGUUCAAUAUCUGGUCGGGAAGGAUCUCCCGGUCGUCGAGAGCCACCAGGUUCACUCGCGCGAUUCUAUCCAUAGGAUUUUACACCGAUCGCCUACGAAAGUAUACCAUAUGCACCAAGGUCCCUCGACCGUGUCCGACCCUAGGGUCAUUGUUCUGCCCAAGAGAACCCUCAGCUUGACUUAUUCGGAAGUCAGCGAAAUCCAAAUCUCCCAGGACACCCCUUGGCUCCUGCAGCAGCAUGCCCGCAUGGGGGAGUUUCUGGCCGCGCUCUUGGUCGUCCGCGGGCAGCUCAGCGCUGUGAAAAUCUGUCCAGCAAACAGGGCAUCAGACUGGGGGGACUCUCCUUUGCAUAGAGGGUUAGCGAUGGCAAUUCACAACCUCAUGGAACGGUUCGCAUCGAGAGCCGGACCCCAGAUGACUGGACAUUUCUGCGUCCGACUCAUGGUGGACGAAGAGCUCGAGGUGAAUUCCGUCCGGUAUAUCGUCCACAUCGCAGGCUGUACGCAAGGGGCAACGGCCGCCAGUCAUCUUUUGCAGGACUCUCCCCCUGCCGCUCUAGUAGCUGGAUAUCUCGCGAUUCUGUCCUCGGAAAACGGGGGGAUGCCAAAAGCCUCCCUCAGCCCAUCAUCCCAUGCUCGCCCCAGGAGCCUCCUGUACAGGCGCCUUUCUCGACCCCGUCUUUACCAGCUUGUCCGGCGAUACGAGAUUCAAAAGACCCUUCCAUCGAUGAUGUCUCUUGCUGCCCAGCGAGUCGACUAUGUAAUUGACGAGGCAAUUAAGCUUGCCUUCUGUUGGGAAAACUGGCGAUUCUCCCUCUCCGACCCAUUCCCAUGGUGGUGGCAUGCUCAUAUUUACCAACCGCUGAGGGAGUUGGAUUUGAUAAUGAAUUCGAGGAGUACGCCUUUUAUGGAGAAAUCCUGAUUCUCGGAUGAAAAGAAUGUUUCAUGCUCAUGUAUCCAUAUUGAUGUCCUAGAACGAAUCUCCUAUAAAUCCUCCGUAUACAACGUUGACUAGGGCAAUUGUACACUAUUUUAUACUAGUAUCUGUAAAUUGACAAAAAAAUAUACCAAGU